AUGUCUCCAUCACGCUCUUCCACCAUCCCAACUUACAGCAUCGCCUCCAUCCCCGCCGAUGGAAUCGGUCCCGAGGUCAUCGAGGCCGGUAUCACGGCGCUGAAUGCCUUGGCUGAUACCCUCAACACCUUCAAGCUCGACUUCACCCACUACGACUGGAGCUCCGAGACCUUCAAGAAAACCGGCAAAUACAUUCCCGAUGGCGGUUUGGACAAGCUGAAGAAGCACGACGCCAUUCUCUUCGGCGCUGUCGGUGCACCCGACGUCCCCGACCACAUCUCCCUCUGGGGUUUGCGCCUCGCCAUCUGCCAACCCCUCCAACAAUACGCCAACGUCCGUCCCACCAAGAUCUUCCGCGGUACUCAAUCGCCCCUGCGCAACUGCAAGUCCGGUGAUCUGGACUGGGUCAUUGUUCGCGAGAACAGCGAGGGCGAGUAUGCCGGCCAAGGAGGUCGCUCUCAUCAAGGCCGUCCCUGGGAAAUCGGCACCGAGACCGCCAUCUUCUCCCGCCACGGCGUGGAACGCAUCAUGCGGUUCGCAUUCGAGACCGCCCAGCAACGGCCCCGUAAGCUCUUGACCGUCGUCACGAAGAGUAACGCCCAGCGCAACGGCAUGGUGCUCUGGGAUGAAGUCGCCAAGGAGGUGUCCCAGGAUUUCCCCGAUGUCACUUGGGAUAAGAUGCUCGUGGAUGCCAUGACUACCCGUAUGGUCUUGAAACCGGAGACUAUUGACACGAUUGUUGCCACCAACUUGCACGCCGAUAUCCUCUCCGAUUUGGCCGCCGCUCUGGCCGGUUCGAUUGGUAUUGCCCCUACCUCUAACCUGGACCCUACCCGCCAACACCCCAGUAUGUUCGAGCCUAUUCACGGCUCUGCGUUUGAUAUCACUGGCAUGGGCAUUGCCAACCCCGUUGGGACCUUUUGGACGGCCGUCGAGAUGCUGAACUGGCUGGGUGAGAAGGAUGCUGCGAACACGCUGCUCGAGUGUGUGGAGAAUGUCUGCGAACAGGGAGUUUUGACCAGGGAUUUGGGUGGUCAGGCGAAUACUAAGGAGGUUACGGCUGCAGUGGUGGCGGAAAUUCAGAAGGUGGUUAGGAAAUAGGUUAUGGGCUUGUGUUAU